AUGGUAUCUUCCUUGGCCGUGGCCAGCACUGCCGCCAGCAUCGUCCUCUCCACACACUUUUGGUGGAUCUUACGCAAGCGGGGCUCGGACUAUUCGGAUGCCUUCAGCUUUCUGACACAACCGCGAGAUGUCGCCACCAAAUCGGCGCGCCUCUACGCUCAGAAGGCCCGCAUCAGGCUUUUCAACAUUGUGAGCAGAAUUUGCAUCCAGUCAACCCUGGCUUGUGCGAUUUUGGUUUCAAUGUUGUCGGUCAACAUCUGCGGAACAGGCGAGCUUCAGCUGUUGAUGCUGAUUCUCAUGUACACCGGAUGCCUGGCAGUGGCAUCCGAAGUUGUCUCACUCACGCCAGGGUCCUGCGACGCCGUGGCAGCUUUGGGGCAUUUCUUGCUUCUGGCAUUGGCAGUGUGUCCGGCUUCAGACGCCGAUGUCUUUGUUGGAGGUGCUCGUGCGCUGCUGCGGGCUCUUUGUGGCAUUCUAUUUCUAAAUGCCAGAAAAGCCUUAUCUGCAAACUUGGCCAUGAGUGUUGCCUAUGUCGUGAGCAAGGCGAUUUCAACCAACAGCUCUGGGUGCAGCAUCUUCGCCGCGGCUUGUUCGGAGGCGCUGUGCAUCGUGCAGGUGAUGUUUGUGCUCAUCUUGGUACAGAAGCUGGUAGAAGAAAGUGCUUCACUUCGCAUUGAAAGCGUGGAAGUGGCUGGCAAAUCACAGGCGCGGAAAAAUUUACUUUCAGUUCUGGUGGAUGCCGACGUCAUGCUGGACUCAAGCUUGUGUGUUUGCCAGCCCAGCAACAAGGCUGAGCAUUUCUUCGGACCAGAGCUGGAUUCGAACGAAACAUCUGUAGGAGGACUUAAGCUUUACCAGUUCGUGGCAGAGGCGGAUCAAUCCAAGCUCAAAGAGUUCCUCAAUCGAGCUACCAUCAACACUGUCAACGAUGGUGCCGACGUUCUCAGCGAGAGCUCCAUUUCACUUCAAGGUGGAGGAAGUCCGGCCUCUUCCUUGUCGAUCCAGCUGGGAAAGUCUGGUCGGGUGGUGCAGAUCUUCCACGCGAGUGUGCCUGCGGCAGACUUUGCACUGCGUUCGCAACCGCAGCCACGACAUCUCGUUGGUAUCCAAGAGUCUUUCAGCAUGUCUCGGCACGACUUCCGCGAAGUACCGGCUCUGGAUGUGCCAAUGGAUAACAGUACUGAUGCCGAGCUGAUGAUGCUUGAUUGCAAAGACUCGUCACCGACCAUCGGCCAAUGGACCGCUUUGAGUCUCGACAGAAGCGGCCUCCAAGCACUGGAUCCAGAGGUUCGAGAGACUCCCACGGGUCGAAAUCUGCAAGCUGCUGGUUCCGCUUCGUCGCUGCGCUCCUCCGUUGCGGGCCUCCCAGAGGUCGGCUCCAUUUCCUUCAUAUUCAAUGGCUACUCCGAAGGUCUGGACAUUGUUGAGGCUAUACUGCGCUUCGAUACCUUGCACGGAAAGGACGAACCGGCGAGGGUCCCCGAAAUGAAGCACUGGAUUCGCAGCAAGUGCUGGGACAAUUUCAGGAACUGGGUGCAAAUGGAAACGCAGCGUUGCUGUGCUGGGGUGUCUGUUGAAGAAGUGCGAUCCUUUGAGGGGCCUCUGGAAUUCUAUUACCCUGGUCAGCCAGAUAUGACCUUGGUUUCCGGCAGUGUCAAUGUCGUACGCAUCCAGGGCGAUGGAGACAGUGAUGACGAGGAGGGAGAAGAAGAGGAUCCGGUCUGUGACCCCGAAAUGUCCAGCAGCAGCCGGCGGAUGGCCCCACGGACCGUAACAAGUGGGUCAGAACAGGCAGGGUCUCAGUCCGCAGACAGCUUGGGCGGGAAUGCCAGCCCGUUGGAUCAAAGUGAAGAUGAAGCACAAGUGCAGGUGUAUGACAACCCCCUCAUCGACGGCGACGUGAACGAGGAGGUGGAUGCUCUCUUGGUUGACGCUCGGCGGCACGGAGGAGAGGCUGGCAACCGAAGGCAGCAGCUGCCAACAGAACCGCCAGCCUCACACAUCCUCACACCUCACCUUUCCGAAGGCCUGGGCGGCCAAUCGCUGUGGAGGAAAGCAUUGGCAGCGUGUUAUGCAGAGCUGCCCGCCGAAUCCCCGAGAAACAUUGCGACCGACAUCUCGACAUGGUGGAGCGAACUUGCUGCCAAGGUGGCUCUCUCUUGCUCAUUCCAGGCGCUCCUCGAGUGGAGGUUUCGGGAAUUGAGCUGGUCAGCUGGAAAGCUCCUUUUGCUGGAGCUGUGUGCGGCCUGUACUUUGUGCAGCUACCCGAAGGCAGGUGCUACCUAUCGGCUUCUGAACCAGGGAGUCUCGAAGCUGGAUCUACAGAUUCAAUCAGAAAUAUUGGCAGCAGCUUUUGGCAAAGAUCCAACAUCCGUCCUGGAUGCAGGGGCGACGUCAAGAAUACUUCGGACGGUGCAUACUUGGAAGGACAAACUCGGGGCCGUGAAUGCUUCCACGGCUUUGCAUCUAUUGGCACAGUCAAGUCAGUCGACUGAUGCGUUGCCUCGGCUGCACCAGGAAAGUGCGGAGCUAGUCUUGUCGACUGUUGCUGGCAAUGCUCAGCCUCGUGAUCUUGCCAUCGCAAGCUGGGCAGCAGCAAGACUACGCCUCGAGCGUGCCGGCUGUGCAGACAGAGCCUUGCAGGCACUGAACAUUGCAGCUUUAGCCUGUGCGGCUCGCAUGGAUGGACAAGAUAUGGCGAACAUCGCCUGGGCUUUCGCAACCAUGCAGCUGCAGGCAGAAGAGCUGUUGACAGUAUUGGCAGAGGAAGCCAGCACGAAAUUACAGCAAUUUGAGCCGAAGCACAUGGUGGUACUGACCUGGGCCCUUGCCAAGGCCAAGGUCCGCUCCGAAGACUUCUGCUGGGCUGCUGCCAGUGAGACACAGAGGUCCAAAGCUAGCAAGUGGAUGCCCCAGGACAUCUCCAACUUCCUUUGGGCCAAUGCCGUUCUACGAUGUGAAGCACCAGUGCCGAUGGAGAUUCUGGCGGCCAGAGCAGCAGAUCUUCACUGGAAGCAGUUUCGGCCCCAGGAGCUGUCCAUCUCGAUGUGGGGCGCAUAUACUCUGGGAGUGCAUGGCAGAGGGCCCACCACGCGCGCUGUGAAGCGCAUGCUCCAGCACGCAGCUAGGGAGAUCCGCACCAGCGGGGCUCAGGACUUCGAACCUCGCCACAUCAUCAACGCAGCAUGGUCUCUUGCCCGGUGGCAAAGGCAUUGCCGCCUUAUGGGUUGGCCGCAGGAGCUGAAGCCGUAUGUUUGCCGACCGGCUCUUCGUGUGCUGCUGGGCGAGGCUGCUCGAGACCUGCAGAAGUUUGCAGCGCGAGAGCUGAGCCGCUUGAUGUGGGCCGGUGCGAGUCAAUCUUGCUUGAAGCUCCGGGAGCUCGGACCCCCUCUCCUCCAGUACGUCAGGACUUCCCGUGCCGCCGAGUUCGAUACCGAUGACCUGGUGAGCCUGGUCAACUCUUUGGCAUGGAUGCUGGAACGCCUGGUGUGGGAAGCUCCUGGACGCCGCACAAAAUCCAUGCUGCCACAGCUAUACCCGAGAAUGCCUUGUACGCCCAUGAGCGAUACUGCACGGCUCUUGCAGGGAAGGCGCCCAGCAGCCCCAAUUCUUUGA